AAACCGGAAUCGUCAUAACACUCGAAAAUCGGACGGAGCGACUGACAAGCUGACAGACAGACAGACAGACAGGGAGACAGUGAAAGCAAACAUGCCCGCGUUCGGUUUUCGGCUGGCCCCUUUCGCUUUGCCGUUGCUGAUUUUGUCCGUCCUGUCCCCUUGCAGUGCUGGGAGAUGGCACUGGAAUCGACCAGCCCCUCCUAUUCGUGAAUAUUUUAUAGCGGCCAUCGAAGAACCUUGGGAUUAUGCUCCCUCUGGCAGAGAUCAAGUGUUUGCAUCAAACGAAAGUGACAAGUUUUUGGUCAAUUCACUCAACCGGAUCGGAAGAAAAUACAAGAAAGUCAUUUACGAACAAUUCACUGAUGGCCAUUUCAACAAGAUCAAACCAAAAGAGAAAUGGAUGGGAUUGCUCGGACCAGUUAUACGAGCAGAAGUCGGAGACACGAUCAUCAUACAUUUCCGAAAUAUGGCUACUCACGAAUUCUCUGUCCACCCUCACGGUGUGAGAUACACAAAAGGAAACGAAGGUGCGUUAUAUUCGGAUAAUACAUUUGGGCCUUUGAAAAAGGACGAACAUGUGCAACCGGGAGAGAGCUACAAGUAUACGUGGAACAUCACAAGCGAAUUUGCACCACCUACAGGAGAUUCGGCCUGCAUCUCAUGGGUCUAUCACUCACAUAUCAACACGCCAGUCGACACAAACUCGGGUCUCAUUGGUCCGCUCAUUACAUGUAAACGAGGUACAUUGCGAACCGAUGGCAGCCGUAUUGACAACAAAAAGGAGUUUAUUCUACUUGCCAAAACUUAUGACGAGAACGCGAGCUUCUACAGCGAUCAGAACAAGAAGAAAUGCGGUGAUCCGAACUUGUGCGAGAAGUUAGCGGCAGAAGAAGAUGAAGAAUACAUGGACAGCAACCUAAUGAGAACGUUUAAUGGUUACGUUUAUGGCAAUGGUCCGCCAUUUGUUGUAAAUGCAAACGAGGAGGUCAUCUGGUAUGUAAUGGGCAUGGGAAACGAAGCAGGCAUACACGGUAUUCAGUUUGCUGGGCAAGUCAUGAGAGUACAUGGACAUGUGUUCGGUACGAUUGAAGCCAUGCAGGCAUCGUUUAAAUCGGCCACGAUGAAGCCAAUGAAUCAGGGAAGAUGGCUUAUUAGUUGUGCUGUGUCAGAACACUAUACUGAUGGAGCGCUUGCAUUUUUGGACGUGAAAUCUCAAGGAACUUACGAUGAAAACUGGCGGUUUUCGACGAACAAUAAAAUUGAAUACUAUUAUUUGUCCAUAGAAGAACGUCUUUGGGAUUAUGCACCAAGUGGAAAGAACAAUUUGACCGGAGCUAAUUUGUCAGACGAUCCGAAUACUGAAGGGGUGUUUACAAGUGGACCUCAUAGAAUUGGUCGACGUUACAAGAAGGCUAGCUUUUUCCAGUAUAAAGACUCAUCUUUCACCACGAAAAUCAAAACUCCCGAUAACAUGGGUUUGUUAGGACCAGUGAUUCGUGUUUUUGAAGGUGACAAUGUUGUCGUGGCCUUAAAGAACUCCGCCACCCUUCGACCUUUCUCUUUCUUACCCCAUGGUGUAACAUAUACGAAAUCCAACGAGGGUGCCGUAUACAACAACAGCAAAAUAAUAACUGGCAAAAUCGUUGAACCUGGGAAAACGAUGACCUAUGAAUUUUCCGUCCCUAGACUCAGUGAUUCAGAUCCUAUGUGUAAAGUGUUUCUUUAUCAAUCUUCGGUGAAUCACGUGAGAGACUUAAACUCGGGUCUUAUUGGUCCAUUACUUAUUUGCAAGCGUAUCAGUAAAUUUAUCAAUCCAUAUGUAAGUAUUUAUUUUAACAUAUUAUUUCAAAAUGCAUGUAUACCUUUGAAAACUUCAUGUCAGUUCAGAGUUGUCCUACUUAUUGUUGCUAUUGUUAUUGUUGUUUCUGAUCAGUUCCUGCGUCUUUCUUCUUUAUUUAUCAUUUCAGGCCGCUGGCUCCUUGAAUGUCGAACUACGAUUCACUUCAAAGAAGGCAUGAGGGCAUUUUACAACGUUAAAAAAUGUAAUAAUGCUCCAAGCUUCACUCGCAAAACGAAUAUUCGUCGUUAUUUUAUCGCAGCAGAAGAAAUAAGGUGGGAUCAUGCCCCGAAAAAGAGAAGUAUAGUCACUGGUAACGACUUGAAUAAUGAAGAUGAGGAUGGCAACAUUUAUAUCCGUCAUAACCAAUACUUCAUUGGUUCCGUAUACAAGAAAGCUCUGUUUCGCGAAUAUACAGACGAGAAAUUCGACCAAAGAGUAGCGAGAGACAGCAGCAAUAUACAUCUUGGAGUAAUGGGGCCAAUAAUAAGAGCUGAAGUCGGAGAAACUAUUGAGGUUUAUUUCAAGAACAAGGCGUCCAGACCAUAUUCUAUGCUUCCCCAUGGGUUAUAUUUCCAGAACGAUGAAGAUGGAGAAUUUUAUAAUGCAAGUAAUUCAACUGCUGCUUCUCAGGUAAUGCCCAACAGUACUUUUAAAUAUACUUGGAGAGUUCCAGCAAGUUCUGGACCAGGUGCUAAAGAUCCCAAUUGUAUUUCAUGGCAUUACAUUUCGGCUGUGGACCCAAUUAAAGAUGUCUACAGUGGAUUGAUUGGUCCGAUAAUUAUUUGUCGAAAGGGUACUUUGAAUAAUAACGAGAAAAGAAAGGACGUGGAUAAAGAAUUUGUGUUCUUGUUUUGGGUUUUAGACGAGGGACAAAGUUGGUAUUUCCAAGACAACAUCAACUAUUAUGCUCCGGAUAGAAAGAAGAUAAGUGGUGACGAGGACUUCGAUGAAAGUAAUUUAUUUCACUCGAUUAACGGCCAAAUCUACGGCAACAAUGAAGGUCUCUUAAUUAAUGUUGGUGAUAAAGUUGCCUGGCAUUUGAUGUCGUAUGGAAGCGAGAAAGACGUCCACACGGUUCAUCUCCACGGCCAGACGUUCAUCAACAGCGCCGGAAUGCGUCAGAGGAGUGACGUCAUAACAAUCUCACCUAGCACCACACGCCAGGUUGAAUUCUUGGCCACCAACCCUGGUACUUGGUUCUUACACUGUCACGUCAACGACCAUAUCACCGCUGGCAUGGAAACCGUUUACACAAUUCUAGAGAAGCGCUCUCAUCUUGGAAACCGAGACAAUAAUAAUAAUAAUAAUAAUAAUAAUAAUAAUAAUAAUAAUAAUAAUAUUUUUAUAAUUAUUGUUGUUGUUCUUCUUCAGCUCAUCUGGUAAGAUCGUACUACCAGUUUGGAAACCGAGACUACUAGAGAAACGAGAUCUUGUAGCCAACCAUUCAGCAUGCUUAAAGAUUAAACACGAGUGGUUCUUAUUGCUUUCCAUAUUAACUUUUAUAAUCUCGAACAUUUUCU